CAUAACUGUGGGAGAUGAAGCUAACAUUUGAGUAGCAUUGACUUGAGACGUAUUUAUACCCAACAAGAAAUCUGCUACAGUUGGUGCCUUGUGUGUCGAAUAGCUGCGGGUAAAGUUAUGUGUAGUUCAUCCAAUGAAACUGGAUUGUUGCAAUAAUUAUGAAAAAAGUACAGUUUUUGAACAACAGUUCUAAUGAUGAUGUGAUUUAUGAUUUAAAAGGCCUGAACCAAUAUGGAUGUUAUACCUUGCAUCCGAAGUAUAGCACCAACACCUAAUUAGAUCUCUCCUGAGCCCAAAGUCUCACUGAAUCCAACUCUUCCUUGAUGAUGAAGUUUGGUUUUUGAGUCUUACAGACAGCUUCCAAUGUGUAACCACCAUCACAACCAGAACCAUUUAAAUGUGGUCUUACCAUAUUCUUGGAUAUCAUGGUUGCACUGUAAGUUAAUAGCCAGGUAGCCUCCAGAUCCUAGUAAUACAUCUAUAUGUGAAAAAUUACUGUGCUCUCGUAUUGACUGAAAACUGCUGAGUUGCUCAGUAACUGCAUAGCAGAUUGUACCUGGUUAGUUGUGACUGCUUCAUGACCCCCUUUAUUUAAUGAGGGUAGCAUUUGGAAUGCUAUGCAGUGUCCAUCAGCAUCACCCAUCUCUCUAGAGAUCAGACGUGAUGAGAUGGAUGCAACAUAAAGAGCCAAUAUUUGUUUGUGACGCAAAAAGCAUUGGCUUUUUAAGUUUUCAGAAGGUGUGGCUCGUUGUACCGUAAGGUAUUCUUUUCUUAUUGUUUCAUCUGAAGAUAAAUGUGCGGACAUGUCAGUUUUAGGUUAUAUCAUCUUUGCACUACUGGCCGGUUUAUUGUAUGGGAUAUAGGGAUAGGAUCCUAAACUUUCUUUCGGUUAAUGAAUAUCUUAACUUAUGGUAAAGGGUGAGCCUUUUAGAUCCUCAAUUGGGGUUUGGGAAGAAAACACUUUUCUUAAUUCUUGACUUAGUUGUUUGAAAUAAACCCCUUUUACAUGCCCUGUGUACUCAUUAUUGCUUGUUCGUCUCUUGCAAUUUAGAUAAAUGAUAUAACAUUAAACUCAAGGUGGUUGAGUCUCAAGCAGUAGGGAGGCGGAAGCAAGCCAAGGGAGCCUCUCUUUCUGCAGGAGUGGCGAGCGCUCCGUCCCCCCCCAGAUCCUGCGGGACACACUGAAGACACCGGGACUGUACUUUCUUUGUGGGGUUUUGAUGCACUCUGUUCUGUGGCUAUUUGUUUUUUUGUUGUUGUUUAAAAAAAAGAAAAAGAAAAAGGAUCAGCAGUUUAUUGUGAGGGGACACUGGAUGUUUGACUUGUGUAGUCAUAGCAUGCAUUUAGGUAAUUGAUCCUUUUUUAUAAUGGACACUAUCCCCCAUUGUGGUCUGGAGGGCAAGGGAUGUUUUCUAUCGCACUUUUUGAAAAAGGUCCAGCUAUUUAUUUGCUAUUGGGGAGGUCAGUAAGUGCUAGUGCAUGCAUGAUGGCUGGCCUUAAUUAUUCUCAAGGUAUCUCCCCUCAGCUAACUGCCAUAGCUUUAGGUCUCAAUGACAACCAAGGGGGUGGAAUCUAGGACAGUAAGUGCCUCAAUGCAAGGUUAUAUAGUAAGGCACCAAGACUCACAUCAAGCUAAAUCUACUACUUUUUAGUCAUUCUAGAUCCUAUGGACAAUAGAUUAUAGAAGAACAGGGCAAGCUGCAGCUUGAGUAAGCUGUAAGGGCAAGCAGGGAUGUGGUUGACAGAGCCCACCCCCUCCACUGAACGGGUUCCCUUUAUGUAUUGACUGGGGUGCUGUUUCCCUUCUUUUCUCUCUUCCCGGCUGUGUGUUGCAGAACCCAGACAGUAAAAUGAUGCAGAUCAACCUGACCGGUUUCCUGAACGGCAAGAACGCCCGGGAGUUCAUGAAGGACCUCUGGCCACUACUGCUGAGCGCCCAGGAGAAUAUCGCUGGAAUCCCUACUGCUUUCCUUGAGCAGAAGAAAGAGGAGAUCAAACAGAGACAAAUUGAGCAGGAGAAACUGGCGUCUCUGAAGAGGAUGGAUGAAGAUAAGAAGGAGAACAAAGAGAGGGCUCAGUCCAAAAGCCCUAGGAGGAGGAAGUCCCGCUCACCGUCCCCUAGGAGGCGCUCUCCUCCCAGGAAGGAGCGCAAACGCAGCCCCUCCCGCUCUCCCCGCCGCAAGCCCAGCCCUCUGGUGUCGCCCCCGGCCUCCCCUCCCAAAGCCCCAGAGGAGCCGCAGCCUGAACCUGACCAGUCAGAGGCCUCUAAGCCACAGCCCCUCAUCCUGGAGGCCUCCUCAACCAGUGAUGUGGUGAAGGAGGCAGUGAAUCCAGACUCUGCGGUGGAGGUCAAAGAGGCUUCCCCAGAGCCGGUGGUGAAGAAGGAGGAGCGUCCCAAGGAACGACCCCGUGAGCGCGAGAAGGACAGUCGGAGAGACAGACCCCGCCAUCGCUCGCGCACACGCUCCCGCUCCCGGAGACGACACAGGUCACGCUCCAGGUCCUACUCUCCCCGCCGGAGGCCCAGCCCCCGCAGACGCAUGUCCCCGCGCCGCAGAAGCCCCCCUAGACGUCCCCCUCCUGGUCCCAGACACAGACGCAGCAGAUCUCCCGUCCGCAAGCGGCGCUCCCCCUCUGCGUCUUCCUCAGGCAGCUCUUCCUCCUCCCCACACCCGCCCCGCAAGGGGCCCCUCAAGCGUGGGUCUAACUCGCCUCCCCCCAAGGUGCCUCGGCAGGGCGACCCCUCCACCAGCCCCUCCCGGAGGCGAGGCCGCGCCUCCCCGGUCCCGAAUGCCGCCGGCUCCCCGGCCAAGGCCCAGCGCUCAGCCUCUCCCCACGCCAGGAAGGGCCGUGCCAGCUCCGGCUCCCCGGGCAAGUUCUCAGGUGCAAAGCAAAAACCAACUGGAAGGAAUGAAUCCCCAUCCCCAGCCCCCAAACCCAGACGCUCUGACCUAUCUGAAUCUGAGGAGGAUAAAGGUGGGAAGGGGGCCACGGCCGAUUCUGUGCAGCAGCGACGUCAGUAUCGCAGGCAGAAUCAGCAGUCGUCUUCAGCCGAUUCAGGGUCCUCCUCAUCUGAGGGUGAAGCCUCCAGACGGCCGGUCCGAGGACCUCCGGCCAAGAACGGCGACAUCCGGAGGCGACGGACUCCUUCGCCCUCCAGACGACACAGAGAUGCCUCCCCCAGGAAAAGGCGGAGUCCCUCGCCAGCAGGGCGGCGCCACCGCUCCCCUUCUCCCCCCAGACGUCGCAGGUCACCCUCUCCUCCUCCCAGACGCAGGUCUCCCUCUCCUCCCCGCAGACGCUCCCCGUCCCCCCGCCGCUUCUCUCCCGCCAUCCAGCGGCGCUACAGCCCCUCCCCUGUGCAGCAGAAGCGCCGGCCCUCGGGCUCCCCUCCCCCCAGGCGCCGGGCGUCGCCUUCCCCAGGGGCUAAGCGCCGGCCCUCUCGCUCCCCUCGGCGCCGCAGCAGCCCCCCCGGCCAAAAGAGACGCACUCCCCCCUCAUCCAUCUCACCCCCUCCACGCCAGCGCAGGAGCUCACCACCGAGCUCGUCCCGGGCCGCCAGAGACUCCCGGCUCUCCCCUUCCCCCUCCGGCCGAGCCCACCCUCACCCAUCCCAGGGGUCAGUCAGCCCCCAGAGCCGCUUCCCCCACUCCGGCUCCCCGCAGCAGGCCCGCGGCCCGAGGCAGCAGUCCCCUUCCCACAACAACCGGCCCAUCCGCAGGGUGUCCCGCACCCCAGAGCCACGCAAGACCCAAAGAGGUUCUCAGAGCCCCCAGCCAAUGAGGAGGGUCUCCCCUCACUCUCGGUUGCCUGCCUCACACCCUCUGCUGUUGAAGCGGCCGGCUCCUGCCUCUGCAUCGCCCUCUCCGUCCCGCUCAGCCAGCGGAUCGCCACCUCCCCCUGCCAAAAAGCCUGGCAGCGCCUCCGCCAGCCCCUCUCCUAACAAGACGUCCGAUGCUGAGGCUAGUGGGAAGAAAAAGAAGAAGAAGAAGGAGAAGAAACACAAGAAGGAUAAGAAGCACAAGAAGCACAAGAAACACAAGAAGGAGAAGAGCGCCACAGCGGAAGCCGAGGCUGAAGAUGGACAGGGCCGGGUUAAACAGGAGCCGGAGCAGGAGCAGGAGCAGGAGCCGGAGCAGGAGGGCGAGGGAGAUGCUGACUCCUCCCCGAAAAAGGAAUCAGACAGUGAAGUAGAUGACAGUCUUGAUGACUUGGAGAGACAACUACGUGAGAAAGCCCUGCGCUCCAUGAGGAAGGCACAGAUGUCCCCACCACCCUCCUGAGGAACAGUCUCUCCCAAAUCUUCCCUCUCUAUUUCUUUCUCUGUCUCCCCCUCUUCUCCGUGUUUUUUUUUUUUUUUUUUCUCAGUUAAGUUUGAUGUUGGUUCAGCUUUAGAAUGUACAAAUUGUUGAUGCUCUAGGUUUAUUUUUAAUGCUUUGGGUACACAGUCCAAUGGGACUUCUGUCGGGUGGGGAGUAGAGCUGCGUUUUGUUACAGCAUGGCCCCCAUUAACUGUUUUAAUUUUCAUUUGCCUCCCCCCUCUUCCAUAAGACACUGUACAUGUAUCCAGAUUGUUCAGGUUUGUUCAAGUCUCUUUGCUCCCUCGGUUCCUGUAUCUUUAUUUUUUACAUGACCAGUAAAGGAACUGUAGAGAGGUUGAUUUGUGUGUACCUUGUGCAGGUUGGCAGAGUGCAGAUGGGGAUGGGGGGUUGUUCUGUGAUUGCAUGUGCAGAAGCACUGAGUGUCCAACCCUCCCGUGUGCAUGAAGCUGAUGGUAAACGAAAAAGAAUGAAAAAAAAAAUCUUCAGUGACGCAGAUCAGAGCUGCCACCUCGCCCUUUAGUUGCAGCCCUUUGUGGGCCAGUCCUGGUCCCCACUGGGCCGAGGUCGUAUUUCCACAGAACAAAACAGAAUCAUUGGUAUGAGUGUGAUUUUUUUUAUUUUUAUUUUUUUUUUUUUAUUAUUAUUUUUUUCCUCUUCUUUUUGGUAACUUUUUAAGUUGUUUGAAAUUGUUGAAAUGUAAUGUAAAUUCUGACUUUGAAAAAGUCGCAUUAAAAAGAGAACCUUUA